UGGUGGACAGGGGCGCUCCCGCCGCGCUGGAGGCGGCAGGUUGCGGCGGCGCUGGGCGCUGGGAAGGAACCGGUUCGAGUCUUGGUCUCCGAGGCCGGCGGGCGCCCAGGACAGGGAUAUGCUCCCUGGGCCCGCGGCAAUGGAGCUGAAGGUGUGGGUGGACGGCAUCCAGCGAGUGGUCUGUGGGGUCUCGGAGCAGACGACCUGUCAAGAAGUGGUCAUCGCACUAGCUCAAGCCAUAGGCCAGACAGGCCGCUUUGUGCUCGUGCAGCGUCUCAGGGAGAAGGAACGGCAGCUGCUGCCCCAGGAGUGUCCAGUGGGUGCUCAGGCUACCUGCGGACAGUUUGCCAGUGAUGUCCAGUUUGUCCUGAGGCGGACAGGGCCUAGCCUCACCGGGAGGCCCUCCUCCGACAGCUGCCCACCCCCUGAGCGCUGCCCAAUCCGUGCCAGCCUUCCCUCAAAGCCAAGACCAGCACUGGGCCGUGAGUCCCACAGAGGACUGACGUUCACCCUGGGGUGCCCCAGGCUGGCCUCCAGCACAGUGCUGCCCGAGCCUGUGGCCUCUAUAGCACCAAUGCCAGGCUGCUGUGAAGACCUGCAGGCCCUGGAGCGGCGGGUGCAAAGGAACGCAGCGGAGCUGGGCCAGGAGGCCUUCUGGGAGCAGGAGCUGCGGCGGGAGCAGGCACGGGAGAGGGAGGGCCAGGCACGGCUGCAGGCGCUGAGCGAGGCCACUGCCGAGCAUGCCGCCCGACUGCAGGCCCUGGAUGCCCAGGCUCGUGCCCUGGAGGCCAAGCUACAGCUGGCCACAGAGGCCCCUGGGCCCCCUUCGCCCACAGCAUCUGCCACCGAGCGUCUGCGCCAGGACCUGGCUGCCCAGGAGCUGCAGAGUGUGGAGGUGCAGGGCAGCCUGGCCCUGGUGAGCAAGGCGCUGGAGGCUGCAGAGCAGGCCCUCCAGGCCCAGGCCCAGGAGCUUGAGGAGCUGAACCGGGAGCUGCGCCAGUGUAACCUGCAGCAGUUCAUCCAGCAGACUGGGGCUGCCCCUGGCACACAGGUCAGAGUGGUGCCAAGGCAGGUGGGGCCAUGGGGGUGCCCAACCCAGCUCCAAGCUGACUGGCUUUCCCCACAGGACCUCAUGCCUCCAGCCAGAGGAAAGCCCCUCCCGGGAGCCCCCCGGAGUCCUGCUCUAGUGUCCAGCCUGAGCCCAGAGGUUGCCCCCAUAAGGCAGAACUGGAGGUAGCAGCAUCUGCCCCCAGAGUGAGUGUCCACUGCCAGCCCUGACCUGGGCUCUGACACGAGCAAGGGGCGCCGAGGUCAGCCCAGGCUGGACAACAGAAGAAAUGCCGGCGGUCAUAGCAGACUCACACCUCCAUGCCAUUGGAAGCCUUGUGCCCUGGGUCAGAGACAGAACACCUUAGGAUCCUAAGUUUCUGCUGCGGGGGGCAGGGGGGAGGCUGAGGAUUCAUCCUGGUGCUUGCUGAGUGCCAAGCCCCCUGGAGAAGCUUGGGGCAUGGCCAGCUCAGAACGUGCUAGGCCCCAGAGGGCCAUAGCUCCUUGUUGGGGACAGGCGCUGUGUUCAGUCCGUGGGGAUGUGCUUGUGUGUGGAAAGUACCCUUCAGUACAUAUGUAUGUGCGUGUGUGUACACACGUGUGUGCAUGCUGCAUCCCCUGCCACAACACUGAAACCUCAAUAAACCUCCUGAAGUGG